GGCCUGUUGUCCUCCGAGCACCCUGCUCUCUGUAAAAUCCACUCAAAGCUUCCCGCACCUGUCGCACGCUUCUCUCCUCCUGUCCAUCUUCUCCGUCCACGCUCCCACCCUGUCCGCCCUCGACGGCGACCCGACCACGACGAUUUCCACCUCUCCAUAGGCAUAACCUUACGCUCUUUACUCGUUCGACAUGAAGCUCGCCCUUGUCUCCGCCGUCGCGCUGCCCGCCCUGGUCUCUGCACACGGUGUCCGUGACCUGCACCACGCACGCCAGCAGGCCGCUGCUGCCUCGUCCCCCGCUGCUGCCUCGAGCUCUGCCGCUCCAGCCACCUCCGUUGCAGGUGCUAGCUCAGUCGCGGGUGCCGGCUCCGCCGCAGCCGCCACUACUGCCCCUGGUCCAAGCGGAGCUGUGUCCCUGACCUUUACCCUGCAGUCCACGAACCCUUCGGCGAUUCCUCUUUCUCAGAUCGUUUCUGGGGCGUCUUCUCAGCCCACCGUUGCUGCUACCACGACCUUUGCAUCCGGCACCACCCCGACCUACAUUCCCAACGCGCCUGCGCUACCUAACGCGCUCAGCCUCAACCCGGCGAACUACCCUACUUUGGACAAGACGCCCGACGUCAGCUCCCCCCAGGUUCAGGAAUGGAUCAAGGCGGUCAAUGCGUCCGGCAUCACCAUCCCUGAUAUCAGCCCUACUGUUGCUGGUGGAUGCCCUGCCAACCCCCAGGCGGCCGCGGACUCUAGCCGCUGCUGGUGGACGUGCGGUGGGUGCACGGACGACGACGAUGUCGUCCAGUGCCCGGACAAGAUGACUUGGGGUCUCACUUAUGAUGACGGUCCUGCCCUCUACACCGGUGAUCUCCUUGCCUAUCUCGACAGCGCCGACCUCAAGGCGACGUUCUUUGUCGUCGGUUCGCGUGCGAUCUCCUACCCUGCUCUCCUCCAGCAGGAGUACAUGGCUCAGCACCAAAUUGCCGUUCACACCUGGAGCCACCCGCAGAUGACUACUCUCACCAACGAGGAGAUCAUUGCUGAGCUGGGAUGGAGCAAGAAGAUUAUCAAGGACGUGCUCGGUGUCACUCCCACCUUUUGGCGCCCCCCUUACGGUGAUGUCGAUAACCGUGUCCGCGCCAUUGCGAAGGCCAUGGGUCUCCAGACCUCUAUCUGGACCCGCAUUAGCCCCACUGCCACGUUCGACACCGGAGACUUUGACAUCGCUGGCGGCCUCAUCACGUCGGCCCAGGUGCUCAACAACUGGGAAAACAUCAUCGGCAACGCGACGACGAUUGACCACGGUUUCAUUGUCCUCGAGCACGACCUGUUCCAGCAGACCGUUGACAUCGCCACUGGUUACAUCCUGCCCGAUGCUCUUGCGCACCAGCCGCCCUUCAAGAUCGAGCCCAUCAUCUCCUGCCUCGGCAAGCCCAUGCAGGACGCGUACAUUGAGACGAACGACAACACGUCUAACCCGAUCGCAAGCGGCAGCGGCAGCGCUGCCUCGGCGAGUGCCUCUGGUGGAAAUUCGGGUUCCGCUGCCAGUGCUGGCAAGAACGGCGCGAUGAGCGCAUUCUCCGCUCCCGGCUCUCUUGGUGCGAUGGCCUUCGCGCUCGUCUCGGGCGCAGGAGCACUCCUCUUGUAGAGCGUCGACACGAUCUUGUAUGGCUCGCUUUGUUGGUCGUUGAACGGGAAGUCGUUAAAGCUAACUGGAAUCCGGCCUAAUGGGCGUCGUUAACGAGCGUCAUUCUCCUCAAAUGGACGAUGCCUAGAUUGGCGUCGCCACUCACCCUCGCAUUGUCCUGGCCGUACAAUGUGAUCUCUCAGACUUUCUGGACUCCGCAUAACAUAUUACAGUACAUACCACUCAUCUUGUUGAGAAUGUCGCCACCGCAUUGCUUAUCAAUCUGUCAUUUCUCCUUCUCAUGAAAUAGUUGCCAUCGCACCUGCCGUGUGCGUUCAUGGACCCUUCAAAACUACCAUACAUUACCGUUCUACGUUCAGCUUCGCGCAUCUUGACACUGUCACGAACUACCCACGAUUCUGUUAUUCACUUUUGUCCCUCUCAACCAACAUCGAGCGCAAC